GAGAGAGAAAUUACACAUUCACAAGAACAUCAUUCUUAGACAAAAAUUUAGAAAUCAUAAAAUGGACUGAAAUGUACUGUGGAUUGCAUUUCGUAACUUACCAGUGAAGAGUAGGUUGAACUUCAGAUGAUUACAGCAAAUGAGAUAUUACACCAGAAAGUGACAAAGCAAAAGCAGUGAGACUGUUUCAGUAGAGCAGAAGCAGACUACAAGAAAAAUCAAAUAAUUAAAGACUAAAACUGCUGCAGUGUCACUCCCUUACACUUCAAAUGCUCUCUGCUAACAUCCAGGGUGCAAUAUAGCUUCAGUAGGUGAGAUGACACUGGACAAAUUGUCACUAAUGGAUUUAAACCAUCAUAUAAGUUUUCUGCAGUUUCCACAAAUUACCUGAGGAAUGUACCUGGAUAUGUUUUUCCAAGAUGAUGCAACAACUUCAUUUCACCUUCUAAGAUGUUACACACUUUAAAUGACGACCAGAGCAGUAAUGAAAUGUUCUUUUGUCUUUAUAGAAUAAUACCUUCAAGCUAACAAAACAAUGCAUAUGAAAUACACAUGAUCAGUGGAAUAUGAAACACACAUGAUCAGUGGACUGGCCUGUUUCUAGAUUUAUUCAACAUCUUUCUCCUUACUUAUUUGUUCUGUGGAACAUUAUGCAGUUGUAUUUCAUUUCAUUGCAUAUCAAUUUCACUUACAAGAACAGUUAAUAAAUCUCCACAGAAACUAAUUCCUAUCCUGUAAUUGUUCUGAUUACUGCAGAAACUGAAUUUUAUGAACAUCAUCUGUAGUACAGUUCCCACAAAAAACAGAGAUAAAGUUAGUGUUUCUUGAAGUGUAAGAUUUUGAGACUUGUUCAACAUCAUAAUAAUUACUUGCAUAUCAGUCCCUAAUGAAACUUUUCCACACACAGACUGCCUAAUGUAGCCCAUACUAUGGCUGAUACAGUAUUCAUUUAAUGAUUCUAAUCCAGCUUCACAAGCAAAACAGCUUGAAAUAUUCACCAGAAUCAUUGAAAAGUACUGUACAAUAUCGUUCUCAUGUAAGAUGCCUAUGAUUUUUCUGUGAGAAAAAUGACAAACUUGUCACUGUCAAUUCAAAAUUGUUUAAGCUCGUGUCCAAACUGUUUUCAUUGGAUACAGAUAGCUAUUCUGUGAAAAGCUGCCCUCCAUCAAUAAAUUAUCGUACAACUUUGAACUAAGGUUCAAAAGUUGCCACUUAAACUGGGCCUAUAAGAAACUAUUAUUGUGAGGCAAAGUCCUCAAGGUUUACAAAGUAAUCAGAAAUUUUUUAGACAAUGUUUCCAUAUGAAGCUCCACUUGCUGAUGUACCAUGCUGCAGUCAGAUUUGUGUCUAAACAGGGAGAGGCCUCUCCAUGACAAUGAUAACCAAAGAACCAUCUACAUGGCCAGGUAAUCGUGUAUUACUGCAUUGGCUAGCUGCUUUGCCUUAUCCGUAGACGAGCAGCUUGUGUUAGCAGCAAACAAUGUAUCAAAACUAAUAUAUAGCAAUCCAAAUGCCUUGCAUGCGUAAUGGACGUUUGCUCCCUUUAACAACUGUAAACCAUCCAAAAUAAAAUCACCAGUGAUGAAGGAUAUGGACGUAACAAUAAACAUGAUGUAGAAAUAUUCUAACUGUACAAUGAAAUAGUAGAAUAAGGGAAAAUGAACACUGAAAGGGUUAGGUUAUAAUAAGUUUGACAGCUGUUUAAAAAAGAAGGGAAGAAGACAGUGAUCUUAGUAAAAUACUUAAGAGUUGAAAUUUCUGAGUUACAGGGGAAUGUCAGCGUUAUUUAAAAUUUAUGAACUGAGAUUUAUUUUGAUGAACUGCCUUCUCUUCAGGAAAAUGCAAGAGAAUUAUCACACAGUCACAAGGAGAGACAAUGGCUGGCCAUUACUUACUUAGCGUGAUAUUCUAAAUAUUGACAGUGCAAACAUAUAAAAGUAGGAAAAAAGUAACCUAGCUUUGAGACCUGUUAGGAGGAAAAGGUACAGGUUGGAAAGGGUUAGAAGAGAGGGGUAGGUCAUUCAGACCCCAUGUUGUGAACACAAAACUUCUUUUCCUUUCUCACAACAGCUGAGUCUCAACCUGGUGUUUGAGUAACCUUACCCUUCUAAUAUUUUCUUGUUUGAGGAAGGAACUAACAGUUCCCAAGCCAGGAUGAUUUUUCCUGCUUUUGUCUAUCAACAUAAUUGGAAUUUCUCCUCUGGAAGUGCUGGCCAGUCAGCCUCUCUACUUCUAAAUUUAAUUUCCUCAAGUGAAUUCAUUGUGACUGUAAAUCACCUUUAUAAUGUGUUUCUUUAAUUUGUUGACUGGGACACACAUUAAUUGUUAGAAAGUUACACAGAAGAAUGGAAAGAAAGGGUAAUUUAUCAGGUGUUAUACUGUCAUUAAAGGUAAUAGCAAGGAAAGUAAUGAAAAAAUAUUUUCUACUCUUGUGGUCACAGGAAAAACCUUGUACAAUGUUGAAUUGGAAUGAAAGAUUAUGUAGAGAAAGCAGCAAAGUGAAAGCCCAACGAACUGUUAUUUCGAGAUAAAAUUAAUUCACUGAUGUAAGGUAAGCUAAGAACUAAUAAAGGGCUAGAAAAACUGCUUGUAACAGAAUUAAGGUUAUAAACAAAUGCAACAGAAAAGUAAUAGAUAAUACUGGUACUGGAAUAACAUAGCAAUAGAGAAGUAAAUUCAGAUGUGUGGAUCACAGAAUGGUAUGAAAGUAAAUCUAGGUAGGAACUAUAAACAAAACAGUAACAGAAGUUCAGAAUGUUGCUAUAGGUGUGAAAAUAUGGCAUGUAGUAAAGUUUCUGCUGGUGCUUGGUGAGUAGGUUUUAUCCAUCCAAUUACCUUAUUUUCCCGAAAUUUUUUUAGCCCUCCUAGGGAGCUGCAUAAAUGGAGAAUGUUAGCUCUGACUUGCAACUAUUAUAGGGAGGAUACAUGUGUAAGUGGGAAUUUAAGGAGAUUGGACAUGGAUAAACUGACUAAACCUGAGGUUGUAGAGAGUUUCAGGGAGAACAUAAAGGAAAAAUUGACAGGAAUGGGGCAAAUAAAUACAGUAGAAGAAAAAUGGGUAGCUUUGAGGGAUGAAUUAGUGAAGGCAGCAGAGGCUCAAGUAGGUAAAAAGAUGAGGGCUAGUAGAAAUACUUGGGUAACAGAAGAAAUACUGAAUUUAAUUGAUAAAAGGAGAAAAUAUAAAAAUGCAGUAAAUGAAACAUGCAAAAAGGAAUACAAACGUCUCAAAAAUGAGAUUGACAGAAAGUGCAAAAUGACUAAGCAGGGAUGGUUAAAGGACAAAUGUAAGGAUGUAGAGGCUUAUCUCACUAGGAGUAAGAUAGAUACUGCCUACAGGAAAAUUAGAGGCCUUUAGAGAAAAGAGAACCAUUUGUAUGAAUAUCAAGAGCUUAGAUGGAAACCCAGUUCUAAGCUAAGAAGAUAGCAGAAAGGUGAAAGGGAGUAUAUAGAGGGUCUAUACAAGGGUGAGGUACUCGAGGGCAAUAUUAUGGAAAUGGAAGAGGAUGUAGAUGAAAUGGGAGAUAAAAUACUGUGUGAAGAGUUUGACAGAGCACUGAAAGACCUGAGUCGAAACAAGGCCCCGGGAGUAGACAACAUUCCAUUAGAACUACUGACAGCCCUGGGAGAGCCAGUCCUGACAACUCUUCCAUCUGGUGAGCAAGAUGUACGAGACAGGCGAAAUACCCUCAGACUUCAAGAAGAAUAUAAUUCCAAUCCCAAAGGAAGCAGGUGUUGAUAAAUGAGAAUAUUGCCGAACUAUCAGAUUAAUAAGUCACGGCUGCAAAACACUAACACACAUUCUUUACAGACGUAUGGAAAAACUCGCAGAAGCCAACCUCAAGGAAGAUCAAUUUGGAUUCUGUAGAAAUAUUUGAACAUGUGAGGCAAUACUGACCCUACGACUUAUCUUAGAAGAUAGUUUAAGCAAAGGCAAACCUAUGUUUCUAGCAUUUCUAGACGCAGAGAAAGCUUUUUACAAUGUUGACUGGAAUCCUCUUUCAAAUUCUGAAGGUGGCAUGUGUCAAAUACAGGGAGCAAAGGGCUAUCUACAAUUUGUACAGAAACCAGAUGGUAGUUAGAAGAGUCAAGGGGCAUGAAAGGGAAGCAGUGGCUGGGAAGCGAGAGACAGGGUUGUAGCCUCUCCCUGAUGUUAUUCAAUCUGGUUCGUAACAGCCUAGGACUGAUCAUACAUUGAUUUCAAACAUCUGACAUUAUUGGGAAACUUGACUGCAGAAUUUGUACUCUAUUACUGCAGGUUAUACUUUGUUGCAGUUUGAGAAGACCCCAGCUACUAGGGAGUGCGUCCUUCCGUACCAUGAAAUGUCACAGCUCAUUGUUAUUUCUCUAGAACAAAAACAUUUAUUCUUUCUUUGCAGAUAGUGGAUUUGAAUCCAUAGAUGAAAUAAGUUUGGAACACACUUACAGUAUGGCAUGGGCAUAUGUUUGUGUGUACUAAGAUUACUCUUUAGUUUAAAACUGAAUAUAGUCUCAUAAAGCCUUAACAGAACUACUUUGUCUACAGGCAUAGGGUAAGGUAUUAUUAAGAUUAAGCUGCGCAGCAGGAGAAGCAAUUGUUCUUUUGGGAACUAGGGACAGAUUCUAGGUAAGCAUACUGAUGCAUGAUAACUGUAUGGGGAAGUAACAGAUAAGAUUUGAUGUUUUACGUUGGUAAUAUUCUGUAAAGCUGUGUAUCUGCCAUAACUGCAAAACUGUGGAACAAAGCAUAUAAUCUACUGUGAAUAGCCAGAGAACCAAUCAAUCAUUUAGUGUUUGCUAAAGUAAUUCUUUCUCAUUGCAGUGGGCAACAUUUAGUAGAAACAGCAUCACCCAACAUUAUUUUUUAGAAAUAUGUAAACAUUCUGUAAUGAAUAAGAAGUUAGCAUUCAAGGUGUCUCUUUGGGGCAAGUGUCCUCUGUCUGCCCCCUCCUCCAAUAAUGGCAGAAAAAUGCAGGCUCAUGUUUGGAAUGUAGAAAUUAAAAAGAUGGUAAAUCAGCUAUUAUUAUUAUUAAAUUGUUGUUGUUUUCCAUUUUCACUUAUUUACCAUUCACGUAUUUUCAAGACGAGAGGUAAUCUGUCAUUUCGGGAAUGUAAAUAAAGCUUUUCAAAGUAUAUUUAAAAAAAAAGUAAUAGUUGAAGGUAUUCUAUGCUACUAAUGUUAUUAAAUGGACAAAAGCAUGAAUCAUGUACAAGGCGAGGAGGAGAUAACAAUAAGCAGUGGAAAAACAGUAUUGCAGUACCAUCAUUCUAAAACGUAGAUAGAAACAAUAAAAAAAUCACAUAUUUUUACUUUAAUGUGAUCAGAAAAACUGGGACAGUAUAAGGAAAUACAAAGUAUGGUUAAUUUUCUCAUGUGUGGAAAUCAAACUGCUUUAUUUGGAAGCUGGACAAUUAGAAAUAUAACGUACACACAAUAACACAGUAAUCCUCCUGCCCACACUGGCAAACAUUAACCUUAUUGUAGCAAACUAUCUUACAUUACUUUCAAAUUCAUCCAUUAGGUGGAUAAUUUCACAGAACAAAAUUUCACAAGAAAAGUAAUCACAUACGUAAUUCAAGGAAACAGAUAUACUAAACAACAAUGCAUAGUGUCCUGUAUGGGCACCACUUCUCUGUAUUAUUGCCUUCACAAAAAUGUGAAAUUAAUAAAUAUAUAAACGUGUCUCAUCAGUUGCACAGCAGAUGAUGUAGAUAUGAAUAUAAAAAACUUACACUUAACUGAAGGGACAUGAUUUAAGAGUGCAGACAAACAUGCUUUUCUACAUCUACACUUUAUGACCCACUAUGAAGUGCAGGGCAGAAACUAUGUCUCAUUGUACCAGUUGUUAGGGGUUUCCCAAUUCCAUUAACUUGUGGAGUGUGGGAAGAAUGAUUCUAAUGCCUGUGUAUGUAUUGUCAUCUAAUUUUGCACUCAGUCUCAAUGGGAGUAAUGUGGGGGGAGUUACAGUACGUUCAUAGAUUCAUUAUUUAAAGCUUGUUCUUAAAACUUUGUUUGUAGACUUUCUCUGGAUAGUUCCCUUUAUCUUAAGUGUCUGCCAUUUCAGUUCUUUCAGCAUCUCUGGAACACUCUGUUGGAGAUAAAAAAAGUGAUUCGUGCUGCCCUUAACUAUAUAUAUUAGAUAUACCCUGCUAGUCCUCUUUGAAACAGGUCCCACACAAUUUAGCAAUAUCCUGGAUGGAUUACGGUGGGCGAUUUUUAAGCAUUCUACAAUGGACUGAUUGAUUUCCCCAAACUUUCCUAACAAUAAAUCGAAGUCGUUACCAGCUUUAACCUCAACUGAGCUUAUGUGAUUGUCCCUUUCCAUUUCCGUACUAAGUGUUACAUCCUGAUUACAGCUGCGACCCGCUGAUAUAUUAUACUCAUAGGCCUAGUUUAUUUUGAGUUUUGUCAGCAGCACAGCUUUACAUUGCUGAACACUUAAAGUUCAAUCUUUGCACACUGUGAAAUCUGAUCAAGUCUCACUUAGUAUUAGUGCAGCUUAGUUUAGACUGUACUUCAUUGUGGAUAACUGCAUCGUCUACAAAAAUCAGAGAUCACUGUAAAUAUAAUAUGGUAGGACAUAAAUAUGAAACGUGAACAUCAAGGUACCCUACUGACUUCCUGUGCUACACACGAGGUUUGCUAUACAUCUGUCCAUGACUUAACUGUACAAGAAAAGAAUCAUCCUGCCUGCAGCGUCAGAUGAGAUUUUCAGCACUAUUUGCCAAUUUUCAUAAGAUGAACGUUGGACGACAACAAUGCAACAACCGACAAGAAUCCUACCGCCAUUGGUAUUCUCGAAGUAUUUGUUUUUCAGCAGAUGGAAAAUGGUGGACAAAGGCGACUGGAGACGUAGUCAAUUUUUAGAAACGAGGGGUAAAAUUUCUAUUUGCUGUCUUGCUUUUGCACAAAGCAGGAUUAGGCAAGUUCCCAAGUCAGGCACACCGCUCUUUCACUUCAACGUUUCUAUUUUGCUACUGUGCAUUCGCAUUCUAAAACAGCAUGACCCAGUAAUAGGUAUUGCACAUUUAUUUCCUUUGAAAUUGGCUGCCUUUACUCACGGCCACUUCCGUCUCGAAAGUGUUUUCUAAUGUAUGCAGGAAAUUGCUUUUAAAAAAAUAUCGAAGAUAGGCUGAAAAGGAAUGGCAGCGUACGAAAAAUAGUCAGAUUUCGCAAAGUAGUAAUAUAUGUUGAUUUGUCCGUAGCUUCUAACAAGUGUGCCGAUUUAAAAAUAUCGAUCACAAACGAGUCCAUGAUUUAUUUGAUCUGCGUUUCAACAAUAACAUUGCGUUUGUUGAUUGUUCACUGGUUCAUAAGAGAACUGAAUGAAAAGUACGGCACGUCUGUUAUAUUCUCUUCUAUUUAUCCAUGGACUGGAUGCUGGCCCUACAACCAGAUGUGUGGUUAGAUAAUGAACAUUGCAUCAUGUAAUCCAAGUGUUGUACGUUUUUGAUUUAUAAUAUGAAGGCGCAUUUAAAUGAGCAGUAUUUUGCAGCAUAAUUUAGUCGCAACCAUGAACAUAUCCCUCUCUCUCUCAGCCGAACGAAAAAUCUCUUUGCUUUUGUUAAAACCGGUUUUGUUACUUUGAUGGUAAUUAUUCAGUGUUUGCUAUGUGGAGUAAUGGAGAACUAGGGCUUUCAUAAAUGUUUGAUCUACGACCAGAGGGCGCCGUGGUUGUAACUUGUACACACUCGUAUUUGUCCUGUCUGGGAGCGGUCAUGCCACACUAACUGGACACUGACCUGAACCAGACGUGUAGACAUAUUACUGGAUGUUUUAAGCCAACAAGAGUAAAACACCUAUACGCCUUAUCAGGAAUUGUUCCGCCAAAUGUCCGACGUUCAAUACAGAGCAGAAUUGAACGAACAGAACAGGUUAAAAGUAAACGUCAUCCGCUACAUGGGUACCAAAUGCUACCAUAAUGCCUUAAGUCAAGUAGUAGUUUUGUCCACUCAACCCAACCACUCACAGAUCCACCAAAAACUUCUAGAAAAAGACUGGCAGGAACAACAAGAAUAUGCCAACUAUUCCGAGAAAGUGCUGCAACCAGGUGCGGAAUUUGAGUAGGGAAAUUGAAAACCCAGAACUGGUUGCGUUCAGAAAUGGGCAGAUGGAACAAAAAUCUGCACAAGUGGGAAUUAGUGUAAGUAUUUUGUGUCCGUGAGGGAACAUCCAGACCAUGGACUUCCUGCUUCGUUUGCUAAUAAACCAGCCAAAAGAGUGCACGGCCCAAGACCUGAUGGCGUGCACCGAAAUGGCGAGGGCAUAUGUGGACUUGAGGAAGAAUGAAAUAUGAAACAAAGACUGCAAAUAUUUUAUUAUACUGUAUAUAAUGUUCCAUGUUUUUUAUUUUAUAAAUUAGCAUUGUAAUAUUGUAAUUUAUAGAGGACAAAUUAUUCUAUGUGUAAGUUGUGAAUUUAUUGUUAGUUGUUUGUAGUACACACAUUAAAUUAUACUCGUAUUUGUGCUGGUUUUGGCACUUCUCGGACCAAUUGCUCGUGCGAGAUAUUCGAAUUCGUGCAGUAUGGUAAAAUUGUAGAAAAUGUUCGAAUCCAUCGUUGGGAGCUGUAUUAAAUCUUUUUCUUUCAAUUGUUUUGUGUAGUGUAAAAGCACUUUCUGCUAGCUCGCGUGCGUAUAUUUUGUAGCAAUAGUGUGGCCUUGAAAAGUUUGACAAACAUUAGCGGGAAAUAAUGGACGAUAAAGUUCCAGCGAAUAUGGCUGCAAUUUGCCGGAUGGUAUGUCGGCAACAUGCAAUUUUUAUUGUCCGUGUAAACGUUACGUUUGUGAUGUGAUCAAAGAAUCAUGGAAACUCAACAUACCCUCUGUAUAUUUGUUUCAUAUUAAGCUGUCUGAUUUAUUGCAUUUUGUGGCGAACCUUAUUACAUUGAGAUUCGGUUUCAUCAGCAGUAUGAGAUAUUUUUGCAAAAUUCAGUUAUUUGUAUAAUUCAGUUCAAAGAAGUGUGAAUUUUGUUCCGGAUAUGCCGCUCGUUCUCUGACGUAUUUAUUUUUUUACCAUCAAGACAGUUUUAUACAACGUUGAAAGAUUUUUUUGCUGUUGAGUUUUGUGUGUCCCUUAUACCUCGAAUAAGCUUAGGGUUUUAUUUAUUCGUGUUGUUUUUUCAGUGGUGUUAGAUAGAUCCCUUCAACGUUGUUACAAUCUUUGGAACACACAGUAUUUCACGGUUACAGAGCAGCAAUUCGUCAGACGCAUCAACAGAACAAAAUAACCACAGCUGUUACUUCGGUCACAUCGAACAUAACCCCAAGUAAAGUUCAGAUAAAACAACCAUUGGGCUGCCAUCUCUCCCACUCAAGCAUUCUAUCACGUGAUCACGCCGAAGUUAUAAAUACAGCAACUGCGCGUGGUGUAAACCUCUUUUCCAAAGUAGCUUCUGACGCGGUAAGAGAGUUGGAUACUAGGUUCAGAAUGCCGGAGACUUCAUCGCCGUACAUAAAUGGUUAUCAACAGAAUGGUCACAUGGAGCCGGAAAUAUUGGAGGAUACAUUCCUGUUCACUUCGGAAUCUGUGGGGGAAGGCCAUCCAGAUAAAAUGUGCGACCAGAUCAGCGACGCCAUUCUGGAUGCUCAUUUGAGGCAAGAUCCUGAUGCCAAAGUUGCUUGUGAAACUGUUGCAAAAACUGGCAUGAUUCUUCUCUGUGGUGAAAUAACAUCAAAGGCAAACGUUGAUUACCAGAAGGUGGUCAGGGAAACAGUGAAGCACAUAGGAUAUGAUGACUCUUCUAAAGGGUUUGAUUACAAGAUCUGCAGCGUGCUGUUGUCUCUGGAUCAGCAAUCUCCAAACAUUGCUGCUGGUGUGCACCUGAACCGUAAUGAUGAUGAUGUUGGUGCUGGUGAUCAGGGUCUUAUGUUUGGUUAUGCAACUGAUGAAACAGAAGAAUGCAUGCCAUUGACAGUAGUGUUGGCUCACAGUCUUAAUCAAAAAAUUGCUGAGCUUAGGAGAAAUGGAGAGUUUUGGUGGGCAAGGCCAGACUCAAAAACCCAAGUAACAUGUGAAUACUAUAUGUCCCAUGGAGCUUGCAUACCCCAGAGAGUUCACACAGUUGUUGUUUCUGUACAACAUUCUGAGAAAAUUUCAUUGGAGGAACUCCGUACUGAAGUUAUGGAGAAAGUUAUAAAAGUUGUUAUUCCUACAAGAUACUUGGAUGAAAGGACGACAUUCCAUAUUAAUCCAUGUGGCUUGUUUGUUGUUGGAGGUCCACAGAGUGAUGCCGGAUUGACAGGUAGAAAGAUUAUUGUGGACACGUAUGGUGGAUGGGGAGCACAUGGAGGUGGUGCAUUUUCUGGGAAGGACUUCACAAAGGUUGACAGAUCUGCUGCGUACGCUGCUCGAUGGGUAGCGAAGUCUUUGGUGAAAUCUGGUUUAUGCAGGAGGUGCCUUGUUCAGGUAUCAUACGCCAUUGGUGUAGCAGAGCCCCUGUCUAUAACUGUAUUUGAUUAUGGCACUUCUCAGAAAACCCAGAGAGAACUUUUGGAGAUAGUGAAGAAAAACUUCGACUUGCGUCCAGGAAGAAUUGUGAAGGAACUGAAUCUCCGCAAUCCUAUUUAUCAGCAAACAAGCACAUACGGUCACUUUGGCAGAGAUAUUUUCCCAUGGGAACAGCCAAAAAGAUUGGUUGUUUGAUAAAUGAAGAAUUUUAAAUUUAGAUAAAAAUUGUCAUGAAUUCCAGUUAUUGUUUUACGUCUUACUGUAUGAUUUGUCAGUGUAAUGUUGUGCAGUAUACAGUAAUUCACUAUUUGGUGUAAAAUGUAAGCAAUUUACUGGCCAGUUUGAGGCAGGAAGCUGAUGAAGUCUCAUUUUUAGGUGUUCUGAACCUUUGCUUGUUUUGGCUUUUCUAUACAUUUGUACACCUGUGUGUUAUUACUUUUUGUUAGUAUGUCAGUGUAAGUUCUGUACAGUUCUACUAUGUUUUUCAAAGUGUGAGAAUUAUUUUGCUUGUACGUGGUUACAAAUGUGUAGAAUUGCCUAAGUGUAAGCAGGCUUUUAAACAGAUUUUGUGGGGGAGACAAAGCACAUCUCUUGGCAGAUCACAGUUGAAGGUACUCCUUCACUGCAAAAGUGUGUGGCAAAGAAAGCACCUUUCCCACUAGAGCUCCUUCUCUUGUUGGAAACUCCACACAUUUUGUGUUGUGUUUUUGAAAAAGAAUCUAAUGGAAAAGAGCAUUUCCGAAAACACUCCGAUCUGUCAAGAUGUGUGGAGAGUAACAAGCAGCCAUGACUUUACUUUUGCAUUUAUGGUAGCAGCACUGAUGUUCUUUAGAAAAGGUAGUGAUGUCGGUGUUCAUGUAGGAAGUUACGUCUUUGUUAUCUGCCCAGGUUGAAAAUAAUUUGCGUGAUUUAAUGAAAUACAAGAGGAAAAUGUGACGUAAUCUCAAAUGCUGUAUUCUGCAUUGAGAGAACAGUUGUGUGUGUUUUUAAUUUAUAAUAUUCCUGUGAAUUGCAUUGUGAUUUUGUCCUGUAAGUUAGUGUUUGAAGUAAGUGUGUCAUGUAAGCUCUUUAGGAAUGAAUGCAGCUUUAAUUCAUAUCUGAUAUUCACUGUUCAAAUAAACUUUUUUCUUACA